AAGAAGAAGAACUGGUGGCACUGGUUGGUUGUACCAGCUGAGGAAGUUGUUACAUUAUUAUUUUAGUAAAGUUUUAAUAGGAGAAAUGGGUUGUUAACUCUGGGAUUUAUAAACUCUGCACAGAGAGUAUAGCGGACCCAAACAGAAGGAAAAUCAUGACCGCUAACGAAGAUCAAGAGAUGGAGUUGGAGGCUCUUCGCUCUAUCUAUGAGGGGGAUGAGUGUUUCAAGGAAAUCAGUUUAGUUUCCUUUCAGUUUAGGAUAGGAGACAUUGAUGACAGCAAAGCAUUCAUGCUGGACGUCACAUGGCCUGAGACGUACCCUGAGACGGCCCCACAAAUGUCCCUUGAUGCCUUUUUCAACAACAGAUUCUCUGCGGAGACGAAGCAGCUGAUUCUAACAAAGCUGGAGGAGCAGGUGGAGGCUAACCUGGGCACUGCAAUGAUGUAUACUCUGUUUGAGUGGGCCAAGGAGAACAAGGAGGCCCUCAUGGAGAACCACAAGCCUGUAGCCACUGCUGUGACAUCCAGCAGUGAUGGGAUCACCAGCUCAACAGCCAAGAAGAAGGAGAAGAAGGAGCAGCUGACUAAAUCUCAGAAGAGGAGGAUUGUCAACAAAACAGAUCACAAAGGGGAACUGCCAAGAGGUUGGAACUGGGUUGAUGUCAUCAAACAUUUGAGUAAAACAGGAGGAAAAGACGACGAUUUGGCCUGAGGGCAGUGAUCUGGUGCCGCAUUGUACAACGAAGUGCAGUGAAGUCUGAACUCACCUGUAUUAGCCUGUUGAUGCUGCUAAUGCUGCGGUCCCGAUACCGUCACAUCCUCCAUCUUCAACACUUACUCAACAUGGCUGCUUUCAGACUGAGAACCAAAGCAGGCUGGGAAUAGUGGACCUCAGGACACACACACACACACACACACACACACACACACACACACACACACACUUCCAGCUAAAGCCAGACUUUGAGCUGUUAACUAUUUGAAGCCCUUGCUGUGUUUUAUGUGUUUGUGUGCAAUCAGGUGAAGAGGAACACCUCAUCAGCUUUUGCUCCUACAUUCUUCAGUCAUCCAUCAGCGUGGAGUGGGCUUGAGAUACUUGCUGUCACUGCCAUGUUUUCAGUCUGUGAUUAGGCCCAGCUGCCAGGCACUGGAGCUACCAAUGUUGGAUAGUGGUUCUAAAUGGAUGUGUCAAAGUGUACAUUUUUAAAAACGCAAAAUGUCACCAGACGAAUAGUUUUUUUUUUUUUUUCCUAUAAAUUGAAUUCUUUUUAAUAACUAAACCACAUUUGGUCUACUGCUUGUCUAAAAAUAUAAUUUACCAUUGAGUUGAAUUGUGUGAGAUUUUAUGAGUACAUGAAGUGAUCUACCCCAAGAAGUGAGUCUAAAUUGUGAAGUGUUAAGUAACAAAAUUGUGCCAGACUUACAAAGGAAGUAAUGUGAUUUUUGCCUUCAAAAUAAAACCAAAUCUGAUAAUUGC